CAGAGGAUAGAGAGCAUUUUGAGGACUCACUCACAGUCAAGGCCUCUGCGGCAGAAAUGGAGAAAAUAAGGUAAGUGAGACAGUUUAUUUACAUCUCAUUAUAGAGAAGAAAUGUUCUGUUGCACAAUGCACAAUACAGGCUCUUGGAAAAUAUUUUGCUUAAUACGAUCAGAGUAGAAUACUGGAUUGCAUGAUGAUGCAAGGCAAGCUGUGCUUUAGAGACAAAAGAAAAGGAAUGUGGUUGUUCUAGUAAAUCUAUUUUGCAGGGUUGUUAAUUCAGAAAGCAUGUUUUACACACAAACAUGUUUUAUUGCCAGAUGCAGAGCAUAUUUGAUUAUAUAAAUGUUGUAGCCACUUGUCCAUUUACUGCAAGAGCCUGCCAUUCCAUUUAAUGAGGAAAGUGGAUCAAUAAUUCAUGAAAAAGCUGAAGAAAAUAUAGGCUUGACUUCAAAGCAUCUAAUUAAUGUGGUUUGUUUCAAUAUAGCACUGUAACAUUGGUGUUCGAUUUUUGUUUUAUAUUGUAUAUCAGCCAGAUAAAUCUUGUUUCCUCUGUGUUUAAAAUGUUGUCAUACUGUACCAGUUUCUCAGCACAUCUCUCUGCUUUAAGCAAAAAGAGAUGGGUUUUAUAACAUAAGUUUUCCAUCUCAUGUCCUAGUGCAAGUCUGCUUUGGGGGAUAUUGCUUUUGUGUAUGUUGUUGAGAAAGAAAAAGAAAGAAGAAAGCAUUCUAGCCCUUUUUAAUAAAUGAAUUAAAAAUUAGUAACAGCUUGUCUACUAACACAUUAUCAAAGUGAUAGGUAAGAGAUGAACUUUUUACUACCCUUUAAAUACUUUAUGGAACUUCUUUUCAUAAUCAAAUACACUGGCCAUGAUCUUACUUGGUUUCAUUGGACAAGGCUAAAUUCCUUCUCUGAACCUGGUACCUCUGGUUAGUCACAACUGUUGUCCAAGAACAACUUUUUACAUUCCUUCAGUUUGGAGUGGCUAUCCUGAGUUAUUAGAAAUGCAGAAAAGUUCUGAAAUUCUAGAAAUAACGGGGAAGAAAUGGCAAAUGCAAAACAACAGAUAUUUGAUCAAGUGUUUAAUGAAUUCUGGGCUGGAAACAGAAUCCUGUUUUUCUUUUGAGGCAAAGGAGGUUAAGUCUCUUACAGUGGACUUGAAGAUACAUGUCCAAAAGUUAUUAAGAAUGUAUUUUUAAAGUGCUUAACUCAUACACUUUUGUAGACCCUCAUGACAACAGAAGUAUUGUAACUUUUGUGCUGAAAGAAAAAUACUGUGCAAUAUAUUAUGGAUUUUCUUGUAUUUAAGCACUGUAAUGUUAAAGCUGUGAGUUUUUCCUGAGUAAUGCCUGAGAAAGUGCCUUGGUAUGUGGACUGGUGUCUAAUAAAAAUUCCAAACAAUCACCUGUAGUAUGCACACUUCUGUCAUGAAUUACUCUCUUGGAAGAUGCAGACGAAUAUGUGUUUACAUGUUUGCUUGGUAAGCAUGUGUGCACAAAUGCAAUCUAAUACUUGUAAUAGUUUCCUGAGCAUACCUUGGCCUCUUGCCUCUUUUGCAAUAAUGGGCUGCAGAGCCCAGGAGAACGUUCAGAAUGUAGUAGAAAAAAAAAAAAAAAAAAAGACUUUUCUAUGAUGAGAAUAAAUAUUCAUAAAGUUCCAUUUUCCAACCACCACAAUUUUGCAGCUGCCAGGCUCGCCAGUCUUUACCUCAGUACUCCCUGAGUACUACACAGAUGGAAAAGCUGGCCCUGCCCCACUGAAAUGAAGUAGGAGCUUCACUAUUAACUCCACAAAGAGAAGGGUCAGGUCUCUCAGGAGCUUUUUAAAGAAAUUUUCUGUUAAGGAUUCCUGUGUGCAAAAGUUGACUCUGGUGGAGGUUUGUCCCCAUCAGCCCAGCAGAUGUGAGGGCAAUUCCAGAGAUCCCUGUGCUCCCAAAGAGAGCAGCAAGCCAGGCUGGGGGAGCUCCAGCAGAAGCUGCACUAUUCCGUCCCAAACUUUUCCAGGCUCCCUGUCAACAGUGAUUCUCUUGGAUGCAAACUGACAGAAUCCUUGGCAGUUUCAGGAAACUAUCUGGAGUCGUUAUCUUAAAUAGCUGGUAAACUCACAGCCUGGAGAGAAUUAGAUUUCUUCUAAACUUGUCAAAGUGUAGUACCCAGGUAAAAAACAAAUAUCCUGUGUUUUAACCACGGUGGCUUCAGAGAGGUAAUGAAGAGAGAAAACCUGAAGUUAGGAAAAGAAAGAAAGAAAUGAGAGGAAAAUGGCAGGCUGGGAGGAAAGAGGUAUUUUUUGUUAUACACAGAAACCAGUGUAACAUGGAAAAGCCAUUCCCACAUGAUAGUUCAUUGUGUUCUGCCCUGUCUCCUGUGCCCAGCUCUUUUCCCACUCUUUUUUUUGCUACAGCUGACAAUAUGACAUUCCAGAGCACCUGGAAUGGUGUUAGCCCAAGGACUGGAGGGUGAGCCCACAUCAGCUGUGGAGCUGGGGUGCACAGAGGGUACAAGGCUUCUGCAACAGAGGGAGGAGAAAGGGGUUCUGUAAUGAGCAAAAAGGAAACAAACCUUGUUAGAGAAACAGAACAGGAGCAAGGUGCAGAGCCACAGGACAGUGAAGCCAGGCUGAAAACACUCACGGUAAAUAGAGGUUUGCAUUCCACAGUGCUCUUCAAAGAGAAGAAAAUCUUUUAAAUAAGAGCAGGUGACAGGAACCCACAGGGCCAAAUAUUUAUGAGGGCAGCUCUGUAAGUCUUUGGGUGAACUUUGUCCAGCCCAGGAGAAUGGGGAUCCAUCUGGGGCAUCCCCAAGGACUGGGGUAGCCAGGCCCAUUCAGAAAGAGGGGUGAAUGCAGGAGCCUGAAAAAUUGAUCUACUGAUGGCUCAUGUUUUGUUCAGCCAUAAAAUUCAUUGAGGCAGGCAGCACAAGCAAUAGUGCAAACUAAUGCAAGCCUUAUUUUAACAUUCCUUCACUGAGAAUCUGUCCAGAACAAUGUGAUUCAUCUCACGUAACACAGCAAUAAUUCCCCUUGCAGACCAAGGAGCUGCUGUGACCUGCAAUGUCACAUGCUGUCCUUUCCAGCAGGGGCUUGCUGUGACGGAGUUAUGUGUGGAAGGAGCAGUAGGAAGCAGAGGUGGGAGGUUGUCAGUAUUUAGCCUGACACAGGGACACUUUCCUCUAGAAGUAGAAACAUGUAAUGUGGUGCUAAAACUUUGACUGGAAAGAAUCAGUUUUUGCAAUGAAGUCUUCUCACUGUAAAUGAUUCUUAGCGGUGCAGUGUUUAUUACAUUUCAAGGUACCAAUAUAUUAGGCAGAAGUAAGGCUACCUACUAAUCACAAACCUCUUGAGGAUCUGCACUUAUGUAGGUUGGCUGUGUAUGGUUAGAUCACUUUAAGCAUUAAUUACUACUGACUCUAGCCUCUUAAAUACAGUUUUUUGGAUCUGGUUCUUUUUGAUGUCUACAAACAAGGACUGAAAAUCUUAGUUAAUAGAGCGAAUUUCAAAUAUACCUAUGCUAUCUUAUUUUGACUCAGCAGUGUGCUAUCUUUGGUGCAUAUAUGAAAGAGAAGCACAAGCCUUCCAAGCCUGAGGCCUUCUAGAUCUGUGGUGGCUGGCACAUAAAAUUUGCAGUACGCUGGAAACUACUCGUUUAAGUCAGAUUGAACUCACAGAAUGGUUAAAUGUGCAAAUGAAAGACCAGUUCCACUGCAACUCCAUUACAGACUCCUGGCAACUUUUUCUUUGCUUCCAUUCCAUCCUGCUUGAAAUACAGGUUGUAAUAUUAAAACUUUCUAGUGAGGAUGAUGUAAGGUUUGGCAAAACAGAACUCUAGAAAUAUUGACAAGUUUCUCAGGUUCCUUACACUGAAGAGUAUCUCACUCCUCAGGAAAUGUCACUUAUAGAGAUGGAUAUUGUUCAAUAAAAGCUUUUUCUUUUAUUUUUUAAUGCACUCCAAAAAUUUCAGUGACAAUUCAGAAAGUCUAUAAAUCAAUAUUCUUAGUUCUAAGCUUUCAAGAUCCACAACAAGCUGAACUGUAUAUCUAAAAGUACACAAAACAGGACACGUCGUCACCAUCACCAACUGCCAGGCUCACAGUGCCUCCAAGGAGGCUGAGUUUCCACUUUACAAUAUAAUCAUGGUAUUCCUCAACUUGAGGAAAUGAUGAGGUUUACUUUAUUUUGUUAGCAUCAGUAGGGGCACUUUACUAAUUACCCAGGGAUCUCUGAUAAAAGUGACCUGUGUCUCAAGGAACCUGCAAGGUAACAUCUUCAUUUCACUGUAGUCCUUGUUUCAGAACAUAUGAAAGCAAAGUGGUUUGUUUUGCACACACAGCUGGUAGUAAGUCAGCAGCUUGAUCCAAGUCUCUUGAAUUUUUAGACUUGGACUUUUCUCAAGCAUGUUUGAGUUCAUCUGUGGUAAGAAGGAAUAUGGGUUUCUUCAAAAGGAACAUCAGAGGCACAUGCAGUUCUAGAGAAAAGCCUCUGCCAUGGUUUAGGGGAAAUUUAAAUACCUUCAUAAAUGCCCACCUGAUCAUGCUGCCUUCCUUGCACUUGGUAUAAAUAUAGCCCUCUUCAUAUGCUAAUGAACACACUGCAAUUUCCUGCCAUCUCCACCUUGUCCUUAUUCCUCUCUUAGCCUGUAUCUACGUUAAUUUUUUCCAUAUACUUGAACACAAGGGGGGGAUUUUUCUUUUCCCAGAAAGUUAACCAACAAACAUGGUUUACUUUACCCUAGGUCUGGUCUUCACAUCCACAGCUGAUAUGCUGAGAGCCACUGCCUUGUACAGAAGCAAAAUGCCACAGGACAGCAGCAGGGCUGUGCAAGAAGCAGCUCCACCAUCUGCUCAGCAGUGUCUGCAGGCUCUAGUUGAUGCUGGGAUGUGAAACCCCAGCUGUGGACACAGGCAAAGAGAUGGAACAGGGCAAGUUCAGAAGAAAUAGAGCAUAGGGAAAUGCUAGCAUGAAAGGGCCAUCAGUUGGGGGUCAUUAGAGGUGAUGUACUUUGCAAGAACAGAAGGGGGAAUUACGAAAGCGCCUAUCGUACACUACCCAUAAGCUGGAAAUGCUUGAAACAGAGUUUGAUUCUACACGUCAGUAUCUUGAAAUAGAAUUGAGACGUGCUCAGGAGGAACUUGAAAAAGUAACUGAAAAACUGAGAAGGCAGGUGAUUACUCCCCUGAAGACAUAUCAUAAUGGAAGCCAAAAAUAUUUUACGAGGAUACAAAACAAUUACCUAGCCUUACAAAGAAUUAAUCAGGAUCUGGAGGAUAAACUUUACAGAAUGGGUCAACAUUACGAAGAGGAAAAACGGGCUUUGAGCCAUGAAAUAAUUGCACUCAAUAAUCACUUAAUAGAAGCCAAGGUGACUAUAGAUAAGUUGUCAGAAGACAAUGAGCUCUACAGGAAGGACUGCAAUUUAGCUGCUCAGCUUCUCCAGUGCAGCAAGAACUAUGACAGGGCACAUAAACUUUCAGAGUUGCCAACUGACUUUCAGGAAAGAGUCAGCAUCCACCUGGAAAAACACGGGUGCAGCCUUUCUGUCCCCUUGUGCCACACUUCUUAUGCUGAUACCAUACCCACUUGUGUCAUUGCCAAAGUACUGGAAAAACCAGACCCAAACAGCUUGUCCUCACACUUGUCAAGCCCAUCUACGAGGGAUCUCAAUUUUCAGGACUCUGCUGGAAAAGUGGGACAAAGACCCCAGUACAAGUCUGACAUUUACUGCAGUGACACAGCCCUUUACUGCCCCGAGGAGAGGAGGAGGGAGAGGAGGCAGAGCGUGGACACACAGGUGAAGGACGUGGGCUUCCUGCGGUCCCAAAACUCCACGGACAGCACUGUGGAAGAAGAUGGUUUCCAUUCCAGCUUCUCCCAUGAAGCCUUCCCAGAGUACAUCACCUCCCUGCCAACCUCCAGCUCCUACUCCAGCUUCAGUGUCACGUCUGAGGAGAAGGAGAACGCCCAAGCCAACACUCUGACAGCGUCCCAGCAAGCGAUCUACAUGAGCAACCGAGACGAGCUGUUUGAGAGGAAGUCACCCGCGGGGUACGAGCACCAGGGGAGCCCCAGGUUUGCCAAGCCCAAACCUGCACAGCACAUGGAGCUUGCUGAUGACAACGAGAACUCACCCACUUUCACCAGGUCUCUGCCUCCAUAUGCAAACGAACCUUUUCAUUUCUCAGCCAUAGCACCACAGCAGGCUUUAGCAAACCAGAAAAUGAGGAAUGAGUGCAGGAGCACCCACCUCUCAGAAGAAGACUUGCCAGGGCGAUGGAGGCAGCUGAGCGUGGAGGACAUUGGAGCAUACUCCUACAGGAAUGCUGGCAGGCUGUCACCCUGCAGUUUCUCAGAGCAGUACUACAGCAGCCCCAUCAAGAAGGGGGACAGUCGAACAAGCCCCAUCUAUGCUAGUUACAAAGCAGACAGCUGCUCAGAGGGAGACGACAUCUGCCAAAGCAGACUUGUGGAUUCUUGCUUCCUGAGAACAGACAGUGGCCUGAACAUUGACAUCAGCACAAGCUGUAAACAGGACAAAUUGCCCACUUACAAAACAAAAGAAUCGAGAGACCAAAAAAACGAAAGGAUCACUGUCCAGUUAUGCAGUAGCAAAAACAUGGAAAAUAGCCCGGUAUUGAAAAGAGAGUACGUGGACGUGAGCCCCAACAGCUCAGCAGAGUCACUCAAUCAGAGCUCAGUGGAGGCUUCAGAAAUCCACCAGUCUUCCAUGGAUCAAGGGAGCCAUUCGGGUGUUCACAGCAAACAGCCACAGUUUCAGCGGACUGGGAGCACUGGUCUGAGUCGGAAGGACAGCCUUACAAAAGCACAGCUUUACGGAACCCUUCUGAACUAGGCGUCUCCCCAAACUGCAAUAAGACAGCAAACAAAAGGAAGAAAAGAGCAUUUGAUACUUCUAGAGAACAAUAAGGUUCUAAGAAACAGGAUUAUUAUAAAAUAUAUAUUCAUAAUGGUACUAUAUGUUUAAAACAAAAUCUCUUCAAAAACGUUAUACAGCACUUUUCACUUGACAUCCUUUCCACACGGGAGACGGUCCCCUCCCCUCUUUUAUAAACCUGAAAUAUUUUUAUAAACAAAAAUGUAUUUAUUAGACUAUCCUAAACUAUUUGAGCAGAAUUCUUUUCCCUUCAAGCAGGUUUCUUAUUUAUUUUUGUGCAUGAGGCCAUCUGUGCCUAAAUUCUUGGAGGAAAAGGGUAAAAUCAUGAUGACAGUGACAAAAAAAAAUAAACCCACCUGAUAAAAAUACCAUAAAAUGUCAUGUGAAAUCAAAACAAACAAGAACGGUGAAUUUGAAGAAGUAUAUUUUUUAACAAGAAUGGAAUUGUAUCUUAACUUAUUUCAUACAAAUGUAUUUAUGAGUGACUAAUGUAUGCACAAAGUGAUACAAAUAUUUUGUUCUUUUAAUCCACUGUGUUUCUGCUUUCCUAUUUUUCCUUGUAUACUACCUCAAAAGUAAUUGAGGGUUUCUUUGUCACAUUUUCUGUAGGCUUGCAUUUAUAUUGUCUAAAAUGCAUGCAGUGUCAUAAUUAAUACUGUAUUUUGCAUAACUUAAUAAAAGACACCAGUGGAUAUAUUUUGGGGUUGUUUUUCCCUUAAUUCAAUAGAACAUGGAAUUGCUCUGAGGGGCAUCAGUCCAGCAAAAGCUAAUGACUAAAGCUCCUGAACUAGAUU